AUGGACUUCAUGGCUGCGGUGCUGCGUGACAAGGAUGGCUGGUGCAUUGCAGAAGUUCAGCGCAUGAUCUAUUGCUUGUGGGAGGGUCGGAACAAGGUUCUUUUCGAGCUCCGUGAACCUGGUUGUGCUACGGUGCUGUCUCGUUUUGCAGCGAUGGAGUCCCCUUCACAGCUAGCGACGCAUGGGAGUCAGAGGGAGCGGUCGGUGGUGGCAAAAUGGUUGAGACCAGCAGCUGGGAUGAUCAAAAUUAAUGUGGAUGCCUCUCUUGGUGGUGAUUUUCUUGCUGGUUUCGGUAUGGUGGCUAGGGACGAGGAUGGCGAGAUCUUGGCGGCGGCUUCACACUACCCGACGGCUGCUACUUCAGCCACGAUGGCAGAGGCGUUUUGUCUCCGUUGGGCCAUGGAGCUUUCUUCACAGUUAGGAUUCAGGGGGGUGCAGUUUGAGACUGAUUGUCUUCAGCUUUUCCAUGCUUGGAAGAAGGGUGUUGGUCAUUCUCCUUUAUUUUCUUUGCUUCGGGAUUGUAAGGCUUUUGUUCGUUUGUUUGAUUGUGUUGAGUUUACUUUUACUCGUAGACAGGGCAAUACUUGUGCUGAUUUUAUGGCUCGGAACGCCUCUACCCUUUCAAAUACUGUUUGGGUGGAGGAGGGUCCCCCGGGUUUAUGUAGCCUUUUACAGGCGGAUCUUUUGGCUUCUAUGCCGGUUAUGAUUUAA